AUGGUGGCUGUCAAAACACUCUUGGUUUUCUGCGCAUUAGGCGCCCAGGCUUGGGCUGCUGGUUUAGGCGCUACGGGAGUUGUCUGCUCCACCAAACUCGACACUGUUUCACUCGCACCGAAUCAGAUCCCGACAUCGACUGCCACUGUCGUGAACAAGGUCACUGUAAUUAAGAAAGUCGUUCGCAAGGUCAACGUGGUUGUCGUUCCCAAAGCAAAAACGACAACCAUUCGCACCACCUCGGUUGUUACCACUACAGCGACAGCUGACCCAAGAGUCGAGACCGCAACCAGCAUAAUCACAUCGGAAGUCACUGUUUACAGCACCCAAACAAGUACUUCUGUAGCCACAAGCGACAGCACAACCGUUACGACCAAAUACGUGACAGAGACAGUACCAACUGUUCCUGGAUGGAUUGCUAUCAAAUCCGAGUCACGUUAUGUUCCAAGACACAAGGUUCGAGCCGAGGUGGACGACGGAGAGAGCCAAGAUUCAGUUGAACCGACCCCUGUUCUGUAUGCGCAGAAGGUGAACUGCGUGAAAAAGAAGCCUACUACUUCAAUCAAGACCGUUACCACAAAGGUGCAGGGCAAUAGGGUUACGCUUAAAGCUGCCACCAAGAGUGUCAUGACGACUAUUGUGAAGGUUUCUACUGUUACAGAGUAUCCGCCUGAUCUUAGUACUACUGUCACAUUAACUGUUUACCCUACGACGACGUCUUGGACAGAGACUACUUCAGUUUCGACUGUGGUGCAGACUGUCGUGGUCGAAUCGCAGGUACCCAUCGCAACCGAGUACGCUGCGUGCCAGGAAGGCAAUAUCCUCAUCACAGCCAACGGUGGGCAAAUCAUCACAGCUACAGCUCCUGCAGACAUUGACGGAAUGUUCAUAAACAACCUAGGUGCUAAUACACCAACUUCGUGCUGCGAAGCAUGUCACAAGAACCCAUCCUGUCGGUUCACGCGUUUCAUUGAGGCAGAAAGUAAAUGCCUUGGGCAGAUCUUCCCGUCGCGGCUAUGCCCGACUGGAGAACAGUACAGGCAGCAGUCUGUUGGACGAUUCUUUACGAACAGCAAUACUCUGAUCAAGGCCAAGGGUAUCUAUAGCAAUGGACCCUGUGGCUAUUUUAUUAAUGGUGGGAUUGAUAGUUAG